AUGGCGGUCUCUCCAGAACAAGAACACCCCACCAAGGCCUUCGGAUGGGCUGCCAGAGAUUCAUCUGGGGUUCUCUCUCCCUUCAAAUUCUCUAGAAGGGCAACCGGAAAAAACGACGUGACGUUCAAAGUACUAUAUUGUGGGAUAUGUCAUACAGACCUAAGCAUGCUCAAGAAUGAAUGGGGUAUUUCUAUGUAUCCUCUACUUCCUGGGCACGAGGUUGUUGGUCAGGUGACAGAGGUGGGCAGCAACGUAGAGAAAUUCAAAGUUGGAGACAGUGUUGGUGUUGGAUAUCUUGUCGGAUCUUGCCAAUCUUGUGAUAGUUGUAGCAACAAUGCUGAGAAUUACUGCCCCGAAAUGAUACUCACAGGCGGUGCUAAGUACUAUGAUGGAUCCACAACAUAUGGAGGUUACUCCGACAUCAUGGUGGCCGACGAGCACUUCGUAGUUCGUAUCCCGGACAACCUGCCACUUGAUGGUGCUGCUCCUCUCCUAUGUGCUGGGGUUACAACUUACAGCCCCUUGAGAUAUUUCGGACUUGACAAGCCCGGUAUGCAUGUGGGUGUGGUUGGCGUAGGCGGUCUAGGCCAUGUGGCCGUAAAGUUUGCAAAGGCUAUGGGGGUUAAGGUCACAGUGAUCAGCACCUCCCCUAAUAAGAAGAAGGAAGCCAUUGAAAACCUUGGUGCUGAUUCCUUUUUGGUCAGCCGCGACAACGGCCAAAUGCAGGCUGCUACGGGCACCAUGGAUGGUAUCAUUGACACAGUUUCUGCUGCCCACCCCCUGUUGCCUUUGCUUGGUUUAUUGAAGACUAAUGGGAAGCUUGUUUUGGUUGGAGUACCAGCGAAGCCUCUUGAGCUACCUGUUUUUCCUUUGAUUAGUGGAAGGAAGAUAGUGGCUGGUAGUACUGUUGGAGGUCUGAAGGAGACACAAGAGAUGAUUGAUUUUGCAGGUAAACACAACAUAACAGCUAACGUCGAGGUUAUCCCAAUUGAUUAUGUGAACACUGCCAUGGAGCGUCUCAUCAAAGCAGAUGUUAGAUACCGUUUCGUCAUCGACAUUGCAAACACAUUGAAGUCAAGCUCUUAA